GGUGGCAGCGCUGAUGUCACUUGCUAAAUCACUAUCAGCAUGAGUGCCAAAAAACUGCUGUCAAAUUCCAUACGGUUGUGGAAUUGUGUUCGCAUAAAUAGUGCCGGUCGCACAGUUCAUCCAGUGAUAAAUUUGUUAAAAAGCACACAAAAUACUAGGACUUUUGCUACAACUCAGGCGGUGAAAAUGGCCGAAGCAACAGGUUUGUCCAAUGAGGAGGCAGUGGCAUUAUGCAAGCCCGCAGAUGCGGCGACCAAGGAUUUCCUCUUCCAACAAACAAUGUACCGCAUCAAAGACCCACGCAAAUCACUGCCUUUCUACACAGGUGUUCUCGGCAUGUCAUUGCUGGUGAAAUUAGAUUUCCCCGAAGCCAAGUUUUCGCUCUACUUCAUGGGCUAUGAAAAUCCCGAGGAUGUACCAAAAGAUCCCGUGGAACGUAGAGCUUGGGCAAUGAGUCGCAAGGCAACUGUUGAGUUGACACACAAUUGGGGCACUGAGAAUGAAGAAGAUCAGGCAUAUCACAAUGGCAACUCUGAUCCUCGUGGCUUUGGACACAUUGGUGUAAUGGUGCCAGAUGUUUAUGCUGCAUGCAAGCGUUUUGAAGAGCAUGGCGUUGAAUUUGUUAAGAAACCUGAUGAUGGUCGCAUGAAGGGUUUGGCUUUCAUCAAGGAUCCCGAUGGUUAUUGGAUUGAGAUCUUUAAUGCAAACACUGUGUGCUAAAUGAAUAUUAUUUAUAUUAUUAUGUAAAUGCAUAUGCUUUAAAAAAGAAUAUAAAUAUUUCGAACUGUUGAUUUGAUUGUUAUUUCUGAAAAAAAGAUAGUAUAUAAAUAAAUACAUUUGUAUUCAAAAUUAA